AUGAAUGCCAGUAUCGUAAAACGACUGAUAAAGGAAACAAGUGAAUUUCCAAAGAUUCAAGAGCAACGAGCCAAGGAAGGUGCUGAUCGACGCCGUCGGAGAAAAAGGGAGAAUCCUGUCGACGAACAAACUCUGAACGAAGAAGAAGUAUUUGAUCGACAAGUCCAAAACAUCCUGUUACUAGAUGACAAAAUGGCGUCUCGGUCCGGUGGAAAACAAAAAUCCUUGCAACGAAUAACCGCCAAACAAAAACGAGAGUCAAUUGAUCGCAAGAAAUCUUCCAAAUUGGUGGUGGGCAACUCGAGAAGUUCUUCCGCCUCGGGGUUUAGACGAAAACCAGACAAGACAUCUGACAAGAAGAAAUACAAUGAACAAAAGGAACAAAAGAGGAUGAAAGCAAUUGCUAAGUUACUCAAGAAACAGAGUGUAGCGAAUAAAAAGAAAUAA